CCUAUAAAACUAACAAUGACAAGAGUUAAACGGAAACUUGGAGAGAUGGCGGGAGUAACAGAAACACAAAGGAGACAAGGAGGCAGGCCGAUGUAUCCUUCUCCAAGGGGCCCUCCACAGUCUCGACCUCGCUUCGAGCCUGUCGAUCGCGAGAAGACUUGUCCUUUAUUGCUUCGAGUUUUUACUAAGAUUGGGGGUCAUCAUUCCAGGGAGGAUUUUGCAGUGAGAGGCAAGGAGCCUAAGGAUGAGGUUCAAAUUUAUACAUGGAAGGAUGCUACUCUCCGCGAGUUAACUGAUCUGGUCAAAGAAGUAGCAUCGGCUGCUAGAAGAAGAGAUGCGAGACUGUCUUUUGCUUUUGUGUAUCCUGAUAAGAAUGGUCGUUUUGUACUGAGAGAGGUGGGGAAGACCUUCUCGUAUGGAAAUGGAAGGCGACUAGAUGAUGGCAAAGCAUUGGCUGAACUUGGCUUUGAGAUUGGAGACUACUUGGAUGUGGCGAUUCUGUAAAAGAAGUUUUCAACCGUGACAACUCUUUUGCCGACUUUUGGUAUCUUGGUUGUGGAGACUACUUGGUUGUCGUGAUUGUGAAAGAUUAUCUUUGAAGGCCUUGUGUGCAAUUUUUGCGGAUCUUUGGCAUUACCGUGCGCUUGAGGUGUAUCAUGUAUGGGGUCAUUAAUAUGUGUUGAUGUUGUAGUGAGUGAAAUUUUUAGAACAUUAAGAAAGAAAUUGGCCAUGUUAGAUGAUUUUUAUUAUCAGUUUGAAAAUUAAACUCUUGAGUGUAAAAAUGAUUUACAAAACCCUUGAGGGUUUAAUUAACUAGAAAACUUGACUAAAAUGUUCUUACA